CCCAGUCAAUUAGACUCAGCUGCGCCUCGACGACACGUUUCUCACAUCGUCUGUUCGGGCUGGUUCCACAGCUUAACUUCAUUUUUAACGAGUCCGACUUUUUUUUUUAAUUAUGUGUAUGUUUUAAACCCUUGUGGCCUUCUAGAGGCAGGAAAGAGGUGAUCCAGCACCGAGCUGAGGUCCAGCGCACUGAGUCUUAGCAGCAGUUGGGUCCGGAGCCUCCAGCAGCGCGCUGAGCUGCUCCUGCUGUUCACUAACAGCGGGUUACUGCUGGGAGAGUGCAGAGGAGAGAGUUUGAACAGGUCACUUGUGAUGUUUCUGUCUCCCUCUGGAAGGUGCUGCUGCCUGCUAUGGACAGUGUGCUAAACACUCUCUCAAAAACUGAGUUUAUCAGCAUUUGUGUUCGGGAUCCUCGGGUCGUUAAAGAUGACCUCUGGCACAAACACAUCGACUAUGAGAUCUGUGUACACACCAACAGCAUGUGUUUUCGAAGAAAGACUUCCUGUGUAAGGCGACGUUACAAUGAGUUUGUUUGGCUGCGACACUGCCUGGACCAGAAUGCCCUCAGCUUAGAAUUACCCAAGUUGCCUCCCUGGAACCCCUUCUUCAGUCUGAGGAACACACAGCAGCUCUUGCAGAGGAUGAAGGGCAUGCAGGAGUUUUUAGAAAUUGUUCUUCGUGAACCUUUGUUGUUAUCAGACAGUCGACUCCAUCUGUUCCUCCAGUCAGACCUCAGCAUCACGAGGAUGGAAAGGUGUGCUCUUGGUAAGACCAGGUACACAGUGGGUGAAGCCAUACAGCGCUCCAGCAGCGGUUUCAUCAGCAGAUUAGAGGACAAAGGCUGUGAUUCUGACUCGGAAAGCUGCUCUUCAUCACUGAGUUGUGGACUAAGCGUGGACACUUCAUUGCAAGGGAGCCACCUCACGUUCUUCGAGUCCUCUGACAGAGAGCCAGAACUGUUCCCUUGUCUUUCAGAAACUCCGCUCACUGCUCCCUGACGCUCUCGACCACCUUCUCCUCCGUUAUUCUGUGGAGCGUUUUGCUUUUCAUUGUUAAUUUCAAAAGAGAGGAAAAAAAAGCUUUGUUUUACUUGUGAACUUCAUUAUUUUCUUUGACGUUUUGUUGCUUUAUUAAUGAUUGUUUUAGUUUUCUCUCAGAGUAUGCUCAUGUCAUUUGAUUAAGUUUGCACUUGAAAAGAUGUUUUCAAAAUAUUAUUGUUCACCUGCAAUUUAUCAUGGUGAAUUCUUAAAUAUUUUCUAACUAUAUAUUUUUAUCUGCACUGAAGCUCUUCUGAGAUUAGCGAGGGAUGUGUUUUGACUUGACAGUUUUUAGAAAAAUGUUUGAGAAUACUUUUAUGAUUUGUUAAUGAAUAAAUUUCCUUUUUAAAAGAAAA